AUGGAAAAACUAUUCAGAAACCAGAAGUUGAAUGUUAGUGUAAGAACUGUUAAGAGUGGUGAGGACGUACUAUUUUACGCAAAAGAUGUGGCAGAAUCUCUAGGGUACUCAAACACAAGAAAGGCUAUCAAAGACCACGUUUGGGAAGAGGAUAAGUGCACUCUGGGGUCCAUCCAAAGGGGGAACCUGGAGUGCCCCCUUUUGAAGGGCCAGCCCGGUACCAUUUUAAUAACAGAACAGGGUUUGUACCAAUUAAUUUUUAGAUCAGAGCUUAACAUAGCAAAGGAGUUCAGGAGGUGGGUGUUCACUGAGGUCCUCCCAUCUAUCCGCAGGACGGGCUUAUAUGAAUUACCAGACAGAAGGUCACUUAGGUAUAACCAAAUGAUUCUUAUAAAUGAAACUGACCUUCAUCAUACAGUUGUGAGUUACAUUAGAGAUAACUACCCAGAGGCUGUAAUAAUACCUAGCCUAGGUGAGUACCAGGAUACCGUGUCAAAGAGAUGUGACGCCUGGAAGAAGGGAUAUAAAGGUGGUCAGCCGGAUCUUAUUAUAGAGAAUCCUAUGGGGAAGUAUAAAGGAUUUGCCAUCGAAUUUAAGUCUCCCAAGGGCACUGGGACUGUAAGUGAGAAGCAGGCAGUAUGGCUUGGAAAGCUGAGGGAAAUAGGAUACAUGACAAUGAUAUCAGACGACCUAGUGAAAACUUGUAUUAGAAUUAAUGAGUACUUCUCACUUAAGAAGGUCGCAAAGAAGAUCACAGUGAACAACAUACAGUGCGCUGUAAGGUUGUACAGACCUAGGUUCAGUUCAGGUAAGUACUAGUCAGGUCAUCUCACCAGCAGAUUUGAGAUACCCCACCAGUUAUCUCACCAGUAGAUUUGAGACAUCUUACAAGUAAAUUUAAGUUAUCUCACAAGUAGACUCCAGAUGUCUCACAAGAUGAAACCCAGUUAAACCUAAGGUAUCUUACAAGUAGAAUGGAAGAUAAACCUGAGCAAACCCAAGUAGUGACAAGUGAAAAGAAGAAAGACCCAAAAAGAGUAGCUGCGGGAAAACGGUUAGCUGCAAUCAGCAGAUUAGCAAAGGAGAGGAAAAAGAAACUUGCAGAACCUGAGGAGUCAUCCAGCAAUAACAUGAUCGCAUAUGUAGGAGUGGUCAUCGCAUUGAUAUCCCUUGCUCUAGCAUUUAAUCAGCAUCAGAGGGAAACAGAGAAACCAGAACCUAAGUACAUCCCUAAAACUGUAGAAGUAACCAGGAAAGCUGAUGCGCCAAAGUUAGAUUCACUUGAAUGA